GCAGAUAGUGGAGCAGCGAAAUCGUGCAGUACGAAAUACACGGCGCUAAACUCGAAAUUAAAAUGUCUCAGCAUUUUGUCGUCAACCAUUUAUCUCAACUAACCAAACCAAUAUGGCUCUUUAUCAACGAAGGAUAAAGGAGAUACCCUGCUAUGCUCAUUUGAAAUAAUCCAGAAUAACAUUUCAAGCUUCUAAAAUGUCGUCGGUACCCGCUGUGAGGAGUGUACGGAGCUUCGUUUUCAUUCUCUGCGGAACAACCGGGGUAGCAAUUGCUGGAUUUUCGCUAGUGAAAUAUCUCCGGAACUGGUUGCGUCAUGUUGUCAGUAAAAAUCUGGAGCAGAAGAUCGAGGAUGCAAUUUCCAAUGAAGCUCUUUCAGAAUUGGCUAAAUCUGCCAAUGUUGGACUAAGGCAGAGUGCUGAACAAUUGCUACUUGAUAGAAUUACAAAGAGAGAAGCCUUUGUAUAUGUCUUGAAAGCUUGCAGGAGCAAAGAUGAACAGAAGGCUCUUCAGGCUUGUACAGCCUUAUGUGUUAUCCUGAAAAGUGUUGAUCAAAGGGUAUUCCAGGUUGAUCUGUUUAUCCUGCAAACUCUAUUGACAUCACUCUGCUGCUCUAUGGAUAGAUGGAAUAACUAUCACACCCACAUACCUGAUGUAGAUUUCCCUGAUAGAAUGCAACGCAUGAUGUUAGCAACCAUCUAUGAUCUCUCCACAGACCCAGCAUUCCUGUCCAAGUUGGAACAGAUGAAGUGCAGAGAUCUUGUUAGCGUCAUCUUAGAACUUUUAGAUCAAUCUAAGAACAAAGAAGUCCAGAGAUACUCUCUGCUCUUGCUUCUACAGAUGACAAUGCAAGGGAAGAAUUGUGCUAGUUUAGAUGCAUUCAGGAUUAUUGGUGAGAAGAGUGUAUUACAUCAUGGUGAUCUUAUGCUCCAGAAGAUUUGCUACCAGCUCUUAGUGACUUUGAUUAAUGCACAAAGUACUGAUUCCAGUGUGUUGAUCCAUGAGAUUGGAAAGCAAGACAUUCUUAUUCCUAUGGUUGUCUCUACCAAGUCAGAGGAUGUAGAAGUAUCGUUCUGGUCUGUGGCUUUGCUACAUGAGUUUGCUGUUCACAAUGUUUGUAGGAAAGAGCUGUGUGAAUUACCGUGUCUGAUUACGAACCUUCAGGUCACACUGAUGGCUAGUGAAGCAGCGGUCCAAAGGCUCAUUCUUAGGAUAUUUGCUUUCCUUGCUCUCAGAAAUGAUUUGUUUGCAAGAGAGCUAAUGAAGAACAAGGCAUUGAUAGGUCACUUACCUACGUGUUUUGCGAGUGGAAACAAAGAUGUCGUACAUUGGGCCUUGGUUCUCGUUCAUGAUCUAGCAAUGAUGGGUCGACAAACAUUAGAGGCCCUGCUUGAGUACACCAAUGAUAUCCUGAUCAAGUCAUUACUCUCUCUGUCUAACACCCGUGAUAAUGUCAUGAUACGCCUCCUGGCAGAGACUCUAGGGCUCUUCUGUGGGUGUGAACAUCUUCCCCAUUGCCUGGUCCGGGCUGGGGCCUUAGACAUGAUACUUGGCCUGGCCCAAUCUCAUGACCCGGACCUGGUGUUCUGGGCCUCUGCGUUGCUUCUCAAUCUAGCCAUGACAUCAGAUUCAGUGAAAGGAGAGAUAUUGAGUUCAGGAGGAUUAAAGACUCUGAUUGAACUUUCAUUAGGUGACCAUGAAAAUGGUCAGAUUAAUACUAUGGCUGCUAAAACACUUGUCAUGAUGGCAGUAUUAGAUGAACCCAUUCAUGUGCAUGUCCAAUGUGAGAAGGAUACCUCUAAUGUUAUCAUGGAGAAGAAGUCUAUGCAGCUGCCACAUACUGGGAUCAACGUAGUAAUGUGGGAGACUCUCAUAGCUAAGAAACUUGAGGCUUGGCAUUACACACCCACCAUGGAAAAUGAUCUUCCUUUCAUCACGAGGAAGCUAUCAAGUAUACCGCUGCUAGAUCAACAGUCAAAGAGAACAUGUGAAUGCAAUAUGGUGGUCAUCACACUCAACGGACCACAAGCUCCUCUCUGUUUAAGAGCUCUUGAGAAUCGUCUACAUUUCAAGAAUUAUACCCAUUCAGGAGUGGUGACAUGUGACCCAUUAGACUUGGAUCGUGGUCUGUCAUGCUGUAUAGUAGCUAUGGUAGAUGCCCAUGGUCUGCUGGAUGUUAUGCAUAUUUCAAAGAACCGUGAAACAAUUGCUGUUCAGCUUCAGGUCUCAGGAGCAUUGGUUGUGAAUCAACGGAUACGUGGGCUGAUCCUUCUACCUCUACUCCAUCGUAUCAUGGGAGUACCAGCUAAUAGCCCUAUCAAUCGUGUCUCUGAUCUUGAACUACUUGAGGUGUUAGUGAGGCAUGAAUCACAGAAAACCCUGAUUCUAGAGUGCCAAGCUGUUGUACACCAGCUUGUUGCAAUGGUCAGUUAUUUUGCUCAGCAAGGUAUGGAUCAGCUUAAAUCAGAACCUCUCUCUGUGGCCCAUUCUCAUGCAGCACUGAAAGUGUUAAGGGUUCUAGCAAUGUAUGAUCACUACAGAUCAGGUCUUCUGACUGCUGAUACUGUAGCUGCAGUGGUCAAACUUCUCAAUGGUCUGGUCAACUUCUGGCUCAAUACUAUUCUAUCUACUCAGCAGAGUGGUCAAUUAGACCAUCGCCCCAUGACGAGGAUCGGUAGUAGGCCGGUCAGUAGGGCUGGAUAUAGAACCAAUGAUUCUACGGACAUGGCAAGCCUUUUUCCAUCCAGGCCUCAAAGUCGAGCAAUUCCAAGUGCACUGGGUCUUGACUGUGAUUCUGUCGAUGAUUUAGACUUGGAGUCCACUGCUGAAUCUUUAGCACUAAUUGAACAAAACCUCACAGAAGCUGUGUCUGCCAUCACUAAUACUGUCCAGCAACUUACUUCAUUGGGCUAUUCUCAGCAAACACAAACCAGGACCAAUUCUGUUACCAUGGCAACUGACUCCAACCUUGCAGCAGAGGUGGAAGAUGGUGAAGAUAAGAGUGAAGAAGGACAGAUGACAGCUCAUCUCUCUAAGUUUGCUGUACUUACCAUAGCUCACCUGCUUAACACAUCUGAUGAAGAUAUUUCAGGAGCAGUGCAGUCUUCUCUUCAUCUGUCCGGGGCUAUGUAUGCUCUGUGGGCUACCCUCCUAUGCUCAUCAAAAACCAUCAGAGAUACUCUUGCGCUGCCUGUUGGUAUUGCAAUGACAAAGCUUGCUGCUACAGACCAAUCAUCAUUACCUGAUAAUAUCGUCAAGCUAGAUAUCACGACAAGGACACCGGCUCUUCUACUUAGUCCUGAUCAUCUUGAGAUUCGUAAUGAUAGUUGGACAUUUGAAAGCAUUCUGGCUGUUAGUCAUCUCCCUCACAUCAAUAAUGAAGAAUCCAAGUUAAGAGAUAAACAUCAGCAAGGAUGGUAUUAUGAACAAGGUUGGUAUUAUGAGGUAAGUAAAAAUGAAUUCAAGUUAACAGAUGAAUUACAGCAAGGUUGGUAUUAUGAAGUGGAGAUAAAAUCCAAUGGCAUCAUUCAAGUUGGUUGGGCAACCAAACAGUGUAUAUUUGGACCUGAGAAAGGUCUUGGAGUUGGAGAUGACCUAAACUCAUGUGCAUUUGAUGGAGCUAGAUGUAAGAAAUGGAAUGGACCUGUCACAGAAUCUUUGAAUAAUGAGUAUGGUCAGCAAUGGCAAGUUGGAGAUGUGGUUAGCUGCUUGAUGGAUCGUCAUGGUAACGCAAGUUUCUGGCUUCGAGGCAUCAAUAUGGGUGUUGCAUUUCAAGGUUUGGAUCUAAGUAAAGGUUGGUAUCCAGCCUGCUCUCUCUCUACUGAUCAACAUGUAAGAUUCAACUUUGGAAAAUCGAAAUUCAGGUAUUCUGAUGUCAUUCCAGAUGGUUACAUUCCUUUCUGCCAAGCUCACCAAGGUCCAUCAUUCCCAGAUGAAUACAAUAUCUUUCCCGAUAUUAAACCCCUGUCACAAAUGAACCUUCCAGAAAGGUCAAAUCUUCAAGAAAGGUUAAAUCAUCAAGAAUGGUCAAAUCUGCAAGAACCACAGACUUUUGGAGACGCUGUGUCCGAAGACUAUACCAAUGAUAUGGUAGCUAGUGAUUUUGGAUAUCCUGAAAUGGGCGGAGAGGCCUUUGCGGAGAUGACGGACAGUCCAAGACACAUUGCUGUGGCAAAGAUUGCCGAGAUAGAUGCAUCAUUGCAGCAGGAAUCCUACAGAGACACAAUGGCUCGUGAUGAGCUUGGGUCAGGUGACCAGAGAAGACCAAUAGCAAUGCAGGACACGGAGGGAGGCGGAGAAGCAGCAGAGUUCCAACCCCCGCCAUCUCUUUAUUUUGAAGUCAAUGUUAAUCAUACUGAUCAUCGCCCUGUUGUAAUAGGAUUAUGUAGUGGAGAUGCCAGUGUUCAAGUCUGUGCAGUACUCACAGAAGAUAACAAACUUGUUAUGCCAGACCAGACUAUCCACCAGGUUUGUCCUGGAGUGACUAUUGGUUGUGCUCUCCUCAUACCACCAGGAGUGGUUUUCUUCACUAUUAAUGGUCAACCUAUCAGGAGACUGUUCAACUUUGUACAAGAUGACAGACCAAGCCAGCCUCUAACACCAUUCACCAAUAGCCCUCAUCUCAACAUCAAUUUUGGUCAGGAUCUCUUCCUCUAUCAGCCAGCCAAUGAGUUUGAACAAAGGAUCUACAUGGCUGCACUUCUCCAUGACUACUGCCAACAAACUAUCAAUUCAAAAUGAUUUACUGUACCUCAGGGAUGCCUUAUGGGACCACAGACAUCUGUUAUAGGUAGAAGAGCAUUCAAUUUAGAAUAGGUAUCCAUGUUUUGCAUGAGGCACCUUGUCAGAAAGUCAAGCUGCGUCUUUCCCGCAGAAAUCCUGCAAGCAGCUUUUCAUUACAAAUCAUCAGUCACCUUUAAAAAUUCAAUGGGGAUUGCAGGAAAACUGAAAUGAAGAGACGCAAUAUGCCUUUGUUGCAGGAUUCCGAAAAGACACCACAAAGACUUUUGACAUAGUGCUUAAGCUGGACUGUAAAAUUGCUUCAACUUAGGCAAAUAUUUGAUGCAUUGAAGUUUAUCUGUACUUUUGACUUUUGCAGUAGCAAGGGGUUUUCCUGUGGGCCAUUUCGUGAAAGUGGUCAGCUCUGACAAGUUUUCAUUAUUUGACAGUUACCAUAGUAACAACGAGAUAACUAUGCUGCUUAGCCAAUCAAAACCACAGAAAGUUGUCUGAUGACAUGCUCUCCCCCUGAGCUGUGGUUACUUCAAAUGCCUGCAGUUCUUAAUAGUCACUUCCAUUACGGCUCUGUCACGUUGUUCCAUGCGAGCCUUUCGUUGCGGCAAUCACAUGCAAAUCACUCGCAAAAAAUUUUAUAAGCAUUUUCAAAACUUUUUUGCGGCAAAUAAAACUUGCGUGUGCUCCUCAGUGCUGGCAACUGCAUGCGAGAUACAUGCAAAAACUGUUAAUGCAGGCGUCCUGCUGGUACCAAACAUAGUCACCCGCAAAUCACAUACAAUGAUGUGACAGGGCCUUUAUGAAAUGCUAGCUGUUAGGGAUUUAAUACUCUUUCAAAUGAUACCUAAUAUUCCUACUCUAUUGAUUUUCAUGGAAAAACUAUCAAUAGAACUUGGUAUCUCUUUUUGACAUUUGUGAAGAUUUUUAAGCUUUUGACUCAAGUGAGUGGUAACACGUUAAACCAAAUCUCCUCUUUCCAAUGAUAUCUUAUUCAUUCACACACAAUCAUGAAUGACUGUAUUAAGAGUCAUAUUUAUUUCAAUAUGUAGAUUCAUUUUGUCCACAUUAAGUGCUUAAAAUGCCAAAUUGCACUGAUUGAUGAAAAUCAGCCAUUUUUUUUUAGGAUUGAUUUUUCUAGUUUAUGUUCAGAAUGUGACUGUACAUUUAGAUUUAAACCACCUGCCACCUUCCAAAAAUCAUGAACUUUUAACUUUUAAAUUUACAUAAUGGCACGUUUUGAAAAAAACAAGAUUUGUGAGAGUCACAUUUACAUAUCGCUGCUGGGCUGAUACAACCUCAUAUCUCAAAAUUUGAAUAUUUGGAUGACAGCUCAGAAUAAGCUAGAUUAUAGAGUCUUAACAUGGGUAGCAACCUUCUUUUGCCUCGGAAGAAAUCUUUGCAUAUAUCGGGAGACUGUUUUCAGACAUUAUGAGACUGUCACCAUUGCUAUAUUUUAAAAAUACAGCCUUUUGUAAGCUGCCUUCAAAAUAUGAGGUUUUAUCAACCCAGCCAUCAUAUAGUGAUUGACUUAAUAUGCAGAGUUGGGGAAGCAGGGUUAUUUAUUGGAUGAUUCAUAUCUCCAAGUGAAACCCAGGAGAUUAUGUUUCAAAUGGGUUGUUAAAGUUGGUUUUGAUAAAACCAGAAAAAUCAGACAAAAAUAUAUGUGAAGGUUUGAUGAUAAUCCAUCAAAGAAUAUGAGUUAUGAAAGUUUUGGAUUUACGACAUCAUAUGCAAGCAGCUCCCCUGUAUACCAUGUGAUAUAAAUUCCUUGUCUGCGACAUCACAGAAUCAAAAGCCCCUGUUCCAUUUUGACAUACCUUCAGAUCCGGCAGGAUCGGGGAAAAUUAGCCAUUUUUCCCGGGAGUCGGCAGAAAUUAUUUGCAGUGAUGUGUUACAGUUUUCUAAAGGAACGGGGGAUUCAUUACGUCCGCGUGUAUGUUGGUACGCCAGGAAAGACCUGAUUAUGCUCAUUCCACGAGUGCUCGCCGUGUUGCAUGCGCUUUUCCCGCUUCCCCCAUUAUUCAAUUAUCGGGAAGAUCAGCAUGAAAUUUGAGCAUGAUCCAAAUUUUUAGUCGAUCACCCCGAUCUGAAUAACAUGCUCACUGUCUUCACAAUAUAGUUAUUACGCUGCUUCCAAUUUCAACCAAUUUUUAUUCCGCUCUCCGCCUAUCUAAUGAUCUGGGUUUCAGAUCGUGAUAGGGAAAUGGCCCCUUAAAGUUUCAAAAUUCAUAACUUUGUUAUUCUUUGACAGAUUUGCAUCAAACCUUCACCCACAAAUCUCUCAUUUUCUUUCUUUUAUCAAAACUAACUCAUUGUCAGGAUAAACUUCACCUGUAGUUGUUGUUUUUUCAGAAAUCCAAUCAACUUCAGUAUUUAUAUAUUCACAUUUGAAUGAAAAGCUGGGUCCUCAUGCAAAGAAAUAUAUAAUUAUGACUUCCACGGUAUACAAAUAAUGUUUACGAGUGCAAUGGACAGAAUACUUCACGAGGUAAAAGAUGAAAUGAUCCAUUCAAUGAGGCGUAGCCGAGUUGACUGGAUCAUUAAUUUCAUCUUUCACCGAAUGAAGUACUCUGUACAUUGCACGAAUGAAAAGAACAUUCAUUAUUUGUUUUAUAUGACACCUAAAAUUAGAUCCUUGUCAAUUGUAAAUUUGAAUAAAAAAGCAUUCAGUGUGAACAUGGUCUGUGAUUGUCGCAUUAUAACAUGCGCAAUGUUUUUGUCGUGUAGCACCGGUGGUCUCAGCACGCGUGCAAUGGACAAAAUCGUAUGGAUCCAAAAUUGCAAGGAUACCGACGUCAUUGUAAAAUCGGCUGAAUGAUCAACAUCAAACAAUCAAAUGACAAGAUCUAUCUAGGUGUGAUAUAAAACCUUUGGAUUGGCUGCUUAACCCAAGACUAUUACCUUGACAGUAAUGUCACUAUAAUAAGUUGUUUUUUAUGAAACUGAAUCCUGCUUAGAUUCAGAAGUAUAUGAUCACUUCAAAAGUUUAUUGUGUAUUGUAUUUAUUUAUUGUUUUGUGCAAUUUUGCCAUCAAUUUGUAUUGAAUUGUAGAAACAAAAGUGAAAUGAAAUUGUAAUAUACUUAGUAUUUGAGAUAUGGCAGUGGUACAGGCAGAGUUUUGUCUGCUGGCAUAUUUGAUAAUUUAAUAUUACAAGGCUUCAAGCACUGAUGGAUUUUUUUUAUUUUUUUUUAUUUAUGUUCCAUUGAUAAGUGGAUAUAUUUUGAUAUAUGAUAUUCAUCAACUUGCUUGGAAAGUUAUGUAUAUAAAGUUGUAUCAUUUGGCUAUUUAUUUCUUGUGAUUGUUUAUAUUUGAGAUAUAUAAAGUAAAAUGUGCAGUGUUUGGUCUCUUGGAUUUUGAUAUUAUUAAUCAUUGACUAUUGAAAUUUCCCAGAAA